AUGAACCCAACGAGUGAUGUCAGCUUGAACGAUGUUGCUGAACAGGGAGAUAUAGAGGGUCUCUACACGGUAAUUCAGGAGAAUCCAAGCGUUUUGGAGGACAUUGACAUGAUACCAUUUGUUGAGAUUAUAAGAUUGAAACCAUCGUUUGCUGGGAAGUUGAAUGGGCGAGGAUUCAGCCCUAUCCACGUUGCUUUACAAAAAGGCCAAAAUAGAAUGGUGAUUCGCUUUGUUCAAAUCAAUAAAGACCUUGACCGAGUCAAAGGGAGGGAAGGCAUAACUCCUCUGCAUUUAGCAAGUCAAACCGGAGAAAUUAACCUUUUAGCUGAGUUCCUGUCUGCUUGCCCGGAUUCAAUUGAAGAUGUAACUGUGAGAAGUGAGACUGCACUGCAUAUUGCUGUGAAAAAUAGACAGUACAGGGCUCUUCAAGUCUUGGUUGGCUGGCUCAAGAAAUCAGUCCUGAGAGAUGCCAUGAAGUUAGAAAGAAGAAUAUUGAACUGGAAGGAUGAGGAAGGCAACACCAUUUUGCACAUUUCAGCAUUGAACAAGAGGUUGAAAGACGUUUCUCAACGGGGAGACGUACACGAUCUCUACACGCUAAUUCAAGAGAAUCCACGCGUUUUGGAGGACAUUGAUGCGAUACCAUUCGUUGAAACUCCUUUGCAUGCUGCUGCCUCUGCUGGGCUUCUCUCAUUUGCUACCGAGAUUAUGAGACUAAAACCGUCGUUUGCCUGGAAGCUGAAUGAGCAAGGAUUCAGCCCUAUCCACCUUGCUUUACAACAAGGACAAAGGAGAAUGGUGGUUCGUUUUGUGCAAAUCAAUAAAGACCUUGUCCGAGUCAAAGGGAGGGAAGGCAUAACUCCUCUGCAUUUUGCAAGUCAAAGCGGAAAUGUUGACCAUUUAGUUUACUUCCUAGGUGCUUGCCCGGAUUCAAUUGAAGAUGUAACUGUGAGAAGUGAGACUGCACUGCAUAUUGCUGUGACAAAUGGACAGUACAGGGCUCUUCAAGUCUUGGUUGGCUGGCUCGAGAAAUCAAUCCUGACAGAUGCCAUGGAGUUAGAAAUAAGAAUAUUGAACUGGAAGGAUGAGGAAGGCAACACCAUUUUGCACAUUUCAGCAGGCUUAGGUGACCCACAGCCGCUUCAAUUGUUGGUAAAGACUAUGAGGAAUUAUUUGAACGCCAAGAAUUUGGAAAACUCAACAGCAUUAGACAUAGCAGCUGCCAAUAAUGCAGAGAUGGAAAGAAUAUUAGUGAGUGGUGGAGCAAGACGGGGUUCAUCAGUUGCUAACGCUCCCUCUCUUGCAGAUACAAUAAUAUCAAAGGUCCCAAUUAUUGAUAAAAUAAUCAUUUAUGUACUUCGAACAAUGAAUAUAACAGAGGACCAACGCAAUGCUUUACUGGUAGUUGCUGCUCUUGUUGCAACCGCAACUUAUCAAUUUGCACUGAGCCCCCCAGGUGGAGUUUAUCAGGCAAACGCUGGGGAUAAUAAUGUGAACACUACUUCUCUCAAUUCCAAAGCUACUGCUACCGGAGGAAACGCCGGGACAUCGGUCAUGUCUAAUUUUGAUUUCUUAUACAUAUUCAUUUUGAAUACGCUUUCCUUUUCACUAGCAAUCGUGACAAUCUUUCUUAUGAUUCCAAGCGGGAUUUGGGCUGCUAUAGUGUCCUUACCACUGGCUUUCCUUGCCUCGGCCUAUCUCUCUAAUGCGCAGGUGAUAUCCCCUACCUCUGCUACAUCAUAUGCCAUUUACAUUACUGUAAUCUUAUUCGUCGGGUUGUGGACGAUGCUGCCAUUGAAAUUUUCAAGAGUGUACCGCAGACUUCGAGGGAUAUUCCAAACAGGGAAUAGUAGAGGAGGAAAUAUAUGGUAGUUAAAGUAUUUCUGCUAAUUUGCCACUUUGUUCAGUUGAUCAUUAGGGUGCCACACUCUGAAUAGGGAACACCAAUCAAGGUCUUGGGACAGCAGAUAUAAGGUACUCAAGUCAAUUGGUCAAACCAUAUAAGUAUUGUUUUUAUAUCCGUAAUUUGAUUUGUAAUUUGUGCUCUUUCAAAUUAUUUCAGUUUAUGAAUGAAUCAACAUUUUAACUUUGUAAUAUUUUGAAA